AUGCGGCAGUGGGCGCAUACAGAUUUAGACUCUACUCCCUCCGGACGACCCUCCGGCAAACGACGUACGCGUACCAGCGGCACCAUGUCAUUGCAAGAGGUCUCGGCGAACACGCUGCAGAUUCUUCUCCGCUCUCCAGUGGAAGAUGAUGCUCCACCCGUUCGCUUGUCGCGGCACAUCCCUCAGCGCGAGGGAGUGGACAUGGCUGUAUCCGCAUACAACCUAACCAGCACCUCUACCAACACGCUCAUCAUGCCGCCUGUUCCAAAAAAUGGCUCUGGAGCAGGAGUGGGGGGUGGAACUGGGGGAUUGUCGCUUAUGCACUCUACCGUGACGUCCCACUCCAGCGUCCACUCUGAGUCAUUCGUGUCCGAUGACUCGUCCUACGUGACGUCCAUCUAUAACGAGGUCCUUGCUGAACAGCUGAGUGACGAAAACACACAGAGGCACCGUAAGAUUGGUGGUGGCGUACUGCGCUUUAACAGCACGGACAAUAUCUAUAACCGUGGGGCUCCUUUGAAACCCGUGGGUAUUGCUAGUACUGUCAAUGGCGGCUGUAUCUCCUCAAGUGGUGAUGCUGGCGGGGGAAUAGGGAGACGUCACGCUGGCACAGGUGGGAGCCGAGCAGGGUCGCCGUCACUCUUUGCGUCUUCACCCGUAAGGAAUACGCGGAUAAAGCGCCUCAUGCCUGGCAAACCCGUACCACAGCGGGUACUUUUUACCAACCCGGAAAGGGUGCUGGAUGCGCCAAAUUUUCCAUUAGAUGCCAAGCAACUCCUUCAUUGGGGUAGUAAUAACAAACUUAUAAUCGGUUUGAAGAACUCUCUCUAUGGAUGGGACUCGGAGACGGCGCAAGCUUCAAUGAUGGUACAACUACAGGAUAGUAUGCAUAUUCAUGCCGUGCAUUGGUUACAUAAGUGUGCAUGUGUUGCACUGACACUGGAUGAUGGUGUGACUGCCAUUUAUGAUUGUCGUAAUGAAGAGUUUUUACGAACAGUGCGGACAAGACUUUCUCCCAAGGAGUUUUUUACAUACCUUGCAGUGAACGGGCCCCUUCUCGCCAUUGGCACUAGUACAUCAUGUGGUGGGGUUUACAUAUUCGAUCUUCGCGCCAAGCAUGCACUGAUCUCCGUCUACGAAGGGCACACCAGCGGUAUAACGUCUCUUCACUACUGUACCGAGGAGCCUUUUUACUUAGCUUCAGGUUCUGCAGAUGGCUCUGUACGUGUAUGGGAUGCGCGGCACAACAGCAGCCCUCGCUACGCCUUUGAUCGUAUUCACCGCGGUCCUGUUAAUAGUAUUCUAUGGAACCCCGACAAACGCAGCAAGAUAUACACUGGUGGACAGGAUGGCAUGCUGUGUCACGUGGACACACACGCGCCCAUGAGAAAUAUUCCGCCCGUUCUAAGGAUUGACGAGGAAGGACCCACCACGGGCAGCCACUUCAUCACUCGGGCAAUCAAUACUCUACACCCCAUCAGCGGUAUCGUUUCCCCACCCGGUGUCGACGAGGUGGCAACAACCCACCAUGGGAAGGGGCAUAUCCAGAUCCGUCACGCCAACAACUUUCACCUUAUAGGCACACUUAACUCCCCAAAUUGCGAGGCUGCCAUUUUAUGUCCGACACUCGCCCCCGACAUGCAACGCAUUUGCGCCGCCCAGGAGGAGACAUUGAAGUUUUGGCGUGUAUUUGAUCCCAAUCCGCCACAACGUCGCACGAAAAGUGCCACACCGCCGCCGCCCGUCUCACAACUUGAAAAAGAACUUCGAUAA